AUGUCUACUUUUGUCAAUAUUCUUGCACUUGUGCCUUUGGCACUGGCUGCUAGCCCGAUUAUGAUGGUCAUUAAUCAGGCCAUGAUUUUCAAAGAAAAUGACUUCGCAAUGAAUGCCGGCCGAAAAGGAAUGCUCGUUGCGUCUGAUGGCAAUUGCAUGAAUUUCGACAACAUGUCCGAGUACCGCAUGAAUGUUGGAUCAAUCUAUGUCCCCUGUCCGUCCGAGCUCAAGCAAGACAUGAUGUGCUCAAUGUACUCCGACAACUCUUGCAACAACGAGCUAUUCACAUUUACCCGACCCCAUGCGAAUUUGUUCAGACAAGCUGUCGGAGAUGGUGUUGGCAAACAUGUCAGAAGCAUGAAAUGCAUGACGGUGCAUUCUCCUACCGACAGACAGGGACAUAUCUUCUCAAGUGAUCAUGCUUCUACCAAGAGUCCAAGCAACUGCCCCAAUGACAGCUGUUCCAGUGGACAGAACUGUCAAUCAACCCACCCGGAUUAUGGCAUGUACUGCUCUUCAAGCUCCAUGACCUGCCAGCGAACUUCUGUAACUGGCGCCCUUUGCAGGGAAGACGGCCAGUGUGUCGCGGGUCAUUGUCAGAGUGGAAUGUGUAUGGCUGCCGCAGAGAACCUGCGUUGUAUGCGGGGCUCCGAGUGUCCUUCAGGCCUGCAGUGUCGCCCUACCCGUGUUCUCAAUUCGUCUGGAGCUUCUAGUGUCGAGAUGGUCUGCAUGAGAGAUGAGGAUGUUCGUGGUAUGCAGUGCUCUGCUGAAAAGCCUUGCCAAGCGCAUAUGUCGUGCAGUCUUCAACAUGAGAGUAAUGCGUACUGUGAGUGGGACGGUACUUGUGGACUGAAUAAAAUGAGUUGUAUGUCGGGCACACAAUGCUGCUCUGGAGUUUGCAGGGCCAAUUUAUGCCAGUGA